AUGGCUGUACCUUAUCCUCAGAUCGUCUUGCUGGGCGACUCGCUGUUCCAGUUCUCUGUCGAGACCGACGAUGGCUUCUCGUUUGAGGCAGCGCUUCAAUCUAGAUAUUCUCGUCGACUCGAUGUCGUGAACCGCGGCUUGUCUGGAUACAACACGGCCAACGUGUUGGAAUACUUUGAUCGUCUGUUCCCGGAGAAGACACCAUCCUCCCCAGAAAUAAGAUACUUGAAGCAGGUCAUUCUUCUCGGUGCCAACGACGCCGUCCUGCCGCUCCCAGACACAUGGCAGCAUGUUCCUCUUGAGCAGUAUGGUGAGAAUCUCUGCAAGAUUAUUAAACAUCCCCGCAUUGAGGCGCAUAAUCCCAAGAUAUUACUUGUGGCGCCACCACCACUAGACGAGAUUAAGACGACGCAGGAUGAUCUAUCGGAAGGAUUCGCGUGCAGCAUACGCCGCGCAGCAGUCAGCGCUCAGUAUUCACAGAAAGCUCGAGAUGUGGCCGCGAAGUAUGAGAAUGUGACGCUCAUCGAUUUGUACAAGGUUUUGAUGGACAAGGCCAUUGAGAUGGUUCCCGACGACUACGAAAAGGGCGGUCCGUUGCCAGGCACGCCAGAGAAUGGCAAACAUGCAGGACUUGAGAAGCUUCUACCCGACGGUUUGCAUCUGGGUGGCCUGGCAUAUAGAGAAUUUUACAAGACCUUGUGGCCUCAUAUUGGACAUGAAUGGCUUCAUCUGCCUGAGGGAGACAGGACGGGCUAUGUUUUUCCCGACUGGAGGACGUUUCAGCCAAAGAAUACAGAGUAG